AUUAUCAGUGUACCCCUAGCAUACAUAUACAUAUAUAUGCAGCCUAGCUAACCUUCACUCUCCAUUUAACCCCAAGCUCACAGUCAUCUCUAAGCCAUUCUCUCUGUCUAUCCAUACAUAUAUUUAUAUAACAAAAUCUAGAUAAAAAGAAAAAAAAAUAAAACUUUUGGGAGAUUGAGAUGGGAAGGCAACCAUGCUGUGACAAGACAGGGUUGAAGAAAGGGCCAUGGACUGCCGAAGAGGACAAGAAGCUCAUGAUCUUCAUCCUCAACAAUGGCCAAUGCUGCUGGAGGGCUGUCCCUAAACUUGCAGGGCUGUUGCGGUGUGGGAAGAGCUGCAGGUUGAGAUGGAUAAAUUACCUAAGACCAGACUUGAAGAGGGGUCUGCUCUCAGAGUCUGAGGAAAAGAUGGUCAUUGAUCUCCAUGCUCAGCUUGGAAACAAAUGGUCAAAGAUAGCCUCUCAUUUGCCAGGGAGAACAGACAAUGAAAUCAAGAACCUCUGGAACACCCACAUCAAGAAAAAGCUCAGGAAAAUGGGGGUUGAUCCCAUCACCCACAAGCCACUCGUCCCUCCCAGGGACGAUGACGAAAAAGAAAAAGAAAAAGAAAAUCAGAAAACAGAACCACCCGGAAACCGGUCAAACGACGGGUCAACCAUCCAGAACUCGAUUGCUUCGACCCCAUCGUCCUCCGCGUCCUACGACGGGUUCAUCUCAUCUGACCUUAAUAACAACCGCACCAGCAGCGUAAACGAUGUCUUCGAUGACAUGGACUUGUUGCCCACCCUGGGCUGGGAAUGUGACAGCAUCAUCUUCAACAACAUGGGAUUCUGGGAAGAAGAUGACUUCCUCAACACUACUACUUUGGAUUCACUGUUCAACAACAACAAUGACACAAAUAACCCUUUGAUCAUAACAGAUGAAGAAUCAUGGAAGCUUGAGCAACUCUUGUAGGGUGGUGAUGAUGAUGAUCAUGGAGGCAAUUAUAAAGCUCUGUUGGGGGUUCUCUGUUCUUGUACCGUUGAAAUUCACUCAAAUUUCAGGCGUACCAACGAAAUUCACAGGUGAUAAUAAAGGUGAAAAGGAAAC